AUGGCGUCGAUGAAGGACAGCGACACUGGCCUGUGGCUUCACAACAAACUGGGCUCCACGGACGAACUGUGGACGCCGCCGAGCAUCGCGUCGCUGCUCACCGUCUCCGUCAUCGACAACAUUCGCUUGUGCUUUUCCAGCUUGUCGCCGCCCGUCAAGCUCAAGUUGCUCCUGGGGAUGCUGCAUCUUCCCCGGCGGACCGUGGACGAGAUGAAGGAAGCUCUCUCGGAAAUCAUCCAGCUCGCGACGGUGGACUCGGAACCUUGGGUCCUGAUGGUGGCGGACAUCCUGAAAUCCUUCCCGGAGACGGGCUCCCUCAACCUGGAUCUGGAGGAGCAGAAUCCAAACGUGCAGGACAUCCUCGGCGAGCUCAGGGAGAAAGUGGGGGAGUGCGAGACGUCGGCCAUGCUUCCUCUGGAGUGCCAGUACCUAAACAAGAGCGCCUUGACCACCCUGGUGGGACCCCUGACGCCCCCGGUUAAACAUUUCCAGCUGAAGAGGAAGCCCAAGAGCGCCACCCUCAGAGCGGAGCUGUUGCAGAAAUCCACAGAGACUGCGCAGCAGUUGAAGAAGACUGCCGGAGUGCCUUUUCACGCCAAAGGGAGAGGUUUAGUCAAAAAGAUUGACACCACCACGCCUCUCAAAGGGAUCCCCAAGGCUCCAUUUCGCAGCCCGACAGCCCCGAGUAUGUUCAGCCCCCCCAGCAACCGUACCCCCAUCGCCCCAGCGCGCACACCCCUUCGCAAGGAGCGGGGGGUCAAGCUGUUGGAUAUCAAGGAGCUGAACAUGGUCGGAGCUGGAAGAGAGGCAAAAAGGCGGAGAAAGACUUUGGACACGGAAGCGGACGAGAAAGCAGCCAAAGAAGAAGCAGUUGUGGAAAACACCACACCGGAUUAUGCGGCAGGCCUCGUCUCUGCGCAGAAACUCGGGGCGCUUAAUGAGAACCCGCUACCGUCAACCAGCUACCUGCCGGCCACGCCCAGCAUGGUUCCUUCCUCCUCGUACAUUCCCAGCUCCGAGGCGCAACCAGCAAACGCGGGCGGUUCAGGCUGGGAUACGUUGCAGUCAACUCGCCAAUCGGAGGAGUCGGCGACGGCGGGCGCAGGCGCCCCCGCCGCUUCCCUCUCGGGCCAGUACAAGCAGAGGACGCCGAUGUACAACGCGAGCACCGCCGCCAACCCGGCAACACCGACGUCCCCCAGCACGCCUGCCUCCACGCCGGCCAGUAACGGGCCACCAGCCGCCGCCACCGCAGGUCAACCGGAGACGCCGGCUCAGCCGCCCAGCACGCCCCAGACGCCCACGCCCGCUCCUACGCCGCCUCAACCUCAGCCCAAGAAGAAUCUCUCGCUAACGAGGGACCAGAUGUACGCAGCUCAGGAGAUGUUCAAGACCGCCAACAAGGUCACCAGACCAGAGAAGGCCCUCAUUUUGGGGUUCAUGGCAGGAUCCAGAGAGAACCCAUGCCCGGAGCAAGGCGAAAUCAUCCAGAUCAAGCUGAGCGAGCACACGGAGGUGCUACCCAAAGCGGACGGCACCGGCAGCACCACCAUGCUGGUGGACACGGUCUUCGAAAUGAACUACUCCACGGGUCAGUGGACCCGCCUGAAAAAGUACAAGCCCAUCACCAACACAUCCUGA